ACACUCAGGAAGAGACCAGAGAGGGAAAGCCUCAACACUCUCCCUCUUAAUUAUCCUACAUCUCUUGAGGGGGUGAAGAUUAGGGCUGCUGGAUUUAUGCUGAUUAUUUUUUUUUCCCUCUCUCUCUCUCUCUCUCUCUCCUCUCAUCCCUCCCACGCAGCCUUCCCAGCUCCCAGCUGCUCCCGUGGCUGCUCCCAUCCCUCUCGCCAGCUCUGCGGGGGGCAGGGGGGGGAUGAAAGGGGAGGGGGAUGCUCUGGGGUACCCCCAGGAUUUGGGUGUGAAAGUUGAAGCUUUGGAGCAGGGAUCUGUGCUACAUCCGGACCCGGAGCUGCUUCCCAGGAGCUGUGAAUCCAUCCCUGUUUCCUGAGCAUUCCUGGCAAGGGAGAGGAGGGAAUUCCUCACUGCAGGAUCAAUCUCUGCAUGAGCUUCUGAGGCAGAUCUGGAACCACAGGAUUAAUGGGGAUGCAAUGAAAGCGUAGCCAUCCCCUUUCUGCAGGCAGGGACUGAUGCUGCCUUGCCCUGCCAGCCAGCAUGGAGCUGGCAAACACCAAAGACUUCCAGUGGAAAACCCUCACCCCACUCCCGAGCCCCAGGGUCUACUCAACCUUGGUGGAAUCUGCUGGGCAGGUGUUUGCCAUCGGGGGCUGUGAUGACAACGGGGUCCCCAUGGACUGUUUUGAGGUUUAUUCCCCCGAGGCUGACCAGUGGACAGCACUGCCUGCCAUGCCCACAGCCAGGGCUGGGGUGGCCGUGGCCACCUUGGGCAAGAGGAUUAUGGUGAUAGGAGGAGUGGGGGUGAACCAGAUGCCCCUGAAGAUAGUGGAGAUGUACAACACGGAUGAGGGCAAGUGGAAGAAGAGGAACUCGCUGAGAGAAGCAGCCAUGGGCAUCUCAGUGACAACAAAAGACUACAGAGUCUAUGCAGCUGGAGGGAUGGGAUCAGACCUGAGGCCCCACAACUACCUGCAGCACUAUGACAUGCUUAAGGACAUCUGGGUGUCACUGGCAGCCAUGCCCACACCCAGGUAUGCUGCCACCUCCUUCCUGAGAGGCACCAAGAUCUACGUGCUGGGUGGAAGGCAGGCCAAGUACGCCAUCAAUGCCUUUGAAGUCUUUGACACAGAGACCAGGUCCUGGACCAAGUUUCCCAACAUCCCCAACAAAAGAGCCUUCUCCAGCUUUGUGCCCACAGAAGACAAAUUCUUCAGUCUCGGGGGCCUGAGACAGGGGAGGCUCUACAGGCAGCCCAAGUUCAUGAGGACCGUGGACAUGUUUGACAUAGAACAAGGGAGUUGGCUGAAGAUGGAGCGCUCCUCCUACCUGAAGAAAAGGAGAGCAGAUUUUGUGGCUGGCUACCUGAAAGGCAGAGUUGUGGUGGCUGGAGGACUUGGAAACCAGCCAACUGUCCUGGAGUCUGCAGAGGCUUUCCACCCGGAGAAGAACAAGUGGGAGACUUUGCCACCCAUGCCCACCCCACGCUGUGCCUGCUCCAGCAUCGUGGUCCAGAACUGUCUGCUGGCUGUGGGGGGGGUGAGCCAGGGCCUGAGCAGUGCUGUGGAGGCUCUGUGCCUCAAUGAUUCCUAGCUGGCUCCUGCUCAGCAGAGGACCCUGCCCCUGGGGGCCUCCAGCAGUGGUGGUGAUGGUGGCAGUGCCACCAGAGCUGCCCUGGGAGCCUGGCACCUCUCCUCUGCCUUCUGGUAGCUGAACCCAACCUUGUCCUGGAGCCAUGUCCAGCAGGAGCUGCUCUUUCUGGAGUGCUUUGGCCAGGAGUCCCCUCUGAGGAGCCCUCUGGUUACCUUAAGAGCUCCGUGGAUGAAGGAGCUGCUGCUGUGCUGUGUCUCCUGCCACCAGGAAGGACUCUGGAGGUCAGGGUAUGGGUGAGCAUCUCCCUGCUGCCAUCCUCACCCACUCCCACAGGGAAUGGGUUUGGAGUUGUUAGGAGUAUCCAGACAGGGCAGUGGUGGUUGAGGGAGAGCUGGUGGGAUGAGCACCCUGGCAUCUGUGUGUGCUUGCACAAAUUCUCUUUGGCUUGCAGGAAGGGAACCUCCUCACCUGCAGCCAGCUCCAGGGGAUCAUUCUUCUGCCUUCAUAGCAAGGCUUUUCCUGCAGACCUGUAGCAUUUGACUGUUGCUUUGCCAGGAGCUGGAGCAAGGGGCUGCCAAUGCUCCAGGGAGGGAUUAAAUGCCCAAGGGACUCUUGGCUGGAGAGAAGCCCUGACUUUUGGCACAGGACUGGCACUGAUAAAGCCUUUGCUGGGUUUCAUGCAGAGAUGGCCUCAACCUAUGGUGUUCCAACCAGGUUUUUAGCCCCUGUAGGGAUUUUGGAACCUUCUGUUCAGCCCUGGGAGAAGGGAGCUAAACUGAGCUUAGGUUCGGAGCUGCUCUCACCUUGUGGCCAAGCAGUGGCUUUGGCAAUGAAGCCAAAAAGUCUUGGCCAUCACUGGGGCAGUUUAAAGGGGGCUGUGGGGUUACAGUUCUAACUUGUAGCAGUCGCACCAUUAAAAUCUGUCUUC